UUUCUUCUCCGGCCGCCAUUUUGCAUUAGUGUGAAAGCGGUUUCGACAGUCAUCGACUUGGAUGUGUUUUUCUUCGUUACACAACAUUUUUUUAAUCUUUUAAAACUCGAUACUGUCUUUUCAGUCACGCGUGGGAAUCUCGUUUCGCUUCAGCUAGCUUUGGGCUAUAUGACUGUCCAGUAAGUAUGUGAUUUCUUAUCUCUUUUGAUUAGCGGGUACAAUAUACACAAUUGCACAAUCCCGUAUCGUGUGUUAUUAUUCAGGGAAUGGUAAUUUUAAUUAGAUGUUCCUGAUAAUUAGCUCGAAACCUAAAGUAGCAUCAAGAAAGCUAUUGUUGUGUACAGUAAUGCCAAGGAUUUGCCUUUUGGGUCGUUAUUUUUGUGCAUUUCCUGCGUUUUAGGGUCCCGUUCUCACUUAAAGGACAUCAUAUUUUGUGGUCCAAAAGAUGAAGGAGAACCCGUUUUUUGGCUGCAGUAAAUAAAUAAUUUAUGCUCAGGUUCCCCCCAAAAAUUGUGUUCUGCUCUUUGUCCUGGCUUAGAUACGUGAUUCAAGCAACAGAUUUAAUAAACCAGUGUAAUGACAUUUCACUAAACCGAAUCCUUGUUGGCCCUAGUAUUAUUGCAUUCUAGUUUGCACUGGAGCUGUUAUUUGUCUCAUGAUCUUCUAUGUCUGUGUGCAAAGAUUCAGCUGUCUGUCUUGUAUUUGUGCACAUUAUUUUGUAUGUUAAUAAUCUGUUUCAGUUCUUCUCGGGAGUGGUGUUUUUGUUACUGAUUUUGUAGGUUUAAAUACAUGUUCCUGGCCAUUUGUUGGGAUCUCUGGAUUUGGAUAGCUUUCCUAUUCAAAAUACAUUGGCAGAAGAUUUUUUUCCCCUCAUCAGUGGUGUCAGCUGAAAAUCUCUAGAAGUUUGAAUAUGGCUAAUUUUUGCUUGUUAUCACCAAAACCUCCAAGCCCAAGAAGAAGCAGCGGAUGUUUUUUCCCCACCCACCAUCGCAUGUUAUUCCCAUUUUUUCCACCCCAGUUAAAAAGCUUUUGGAUCUCUUUUUUUCUUUACUGGUUGUUUAUGUCCCCCUGUUUAUUUCCUUCAUAAGUGAAUAAUCUAAUCAAAUAAAAAAAGAGAUACCCAAAGGACUUUGUUGCUUCCAACAUCAGUAAUAUUUAGUUCUCUGGUGGAGAUAAAGAUGUCAAAGAGAGUCUCAGAGGGAUGUCAUAGGAAGAAAAAUAUCUCUGGGCGCUCCAACUCCCUUUUCCUGUUAUCUUAUGGAUCAAGUGUUCCUUCAGGACUUCAUACCAACAAGGAGACACCUACCAACAGUGCACUCGAGAGGGAGAAAUCUUCUCAGCUACCUCAGACAGAGUCCUGUUGGCCUUGAAGAGAACCAGCUGCUGAGGCUAUCAUUGAUAACCUUAACACUAAGACCAGUUCAGACGGGCUACCAUGACCAGCAAUGGAGAUGAUUGCUACUUCUUUUACUAUUCCACCUGUACUAAGGGCGACAGUUGCCCUUUUCGACACUGUGAAGCAGCAAUGGGCAAUGAGACCGUUUGCAACCUGUGGCAGGAAGGACGCUGCUUUCGUACUGUCUGCAAGUUUCGCCACAUGGAGAUAACAAAAAACCGAAAGGAGAUACCUUGUUAUUGGGAGAACCAGCCGGCUGGCUGCCAGAAGCCUCACUGUGCCUUCUCUCAUGAAAAGCCCCGGUACAUUGAUGGCGUCUUUGUCCCACCUAAUAAAAGUCUGAGCAAGAAUGAUGAACAGCCAGACGAGGAACCAGCUCCACCCCCAGCUGCCCCUAUUCCCACUCCAGCUAAUCCUCAGAUCAGAGGGGUAAUGAAGACGGAAACACAGGAGCCAGUACCGAGCCCCACUCACCCUCCAGUGGUGAUCAAUCCAGCAGAUGAUGAUGAGGAUGAAGAUGAUCAGUUCUCGGAGGAGGGAGAAGAGAGCAAGCUUGCUCUUUCUCCUAAGAAGAUACCAAAGUCAGAUGACUGCCUGAACUUUGGAGUGAGCACUCUAGAGGAGAUCCGCCUAAGGAAGGCUCUGAAGGCCAGCAUGAAGAGAGCUGGCUAUCCCAUCCAGAGUGCUAACACUUCAGCUAAUGGAGAGAAAGAAAACAUACAUUUGACAUUUUUUCAAGAAGCUCUUUUUGAUGUUCGAGAAGAAACUGGGAGAUCACGGCCCAGCAUGACUGACAGGCUUGGCAGGAAGCUACCUAGUGCUGGUAAAAAAAGUGGAGAAGGUUUUCCACUAAAAAGGAGUCUGGCCGAGCGCCUUGGCAGAGUUGUGGCAGAGGAAGAGUCAUCAGUGCCCCCUCCGAAAGCUUUGAAGCCUGUUAGGCAAAGAAUUGGAUUGCCUGCCAGUGCUGCCACACCCACUAAAAUAGGUCAGACCAACAUUGAUUCCAACAAACCUUCAGAGCAGAUUUACAUCAAAACUCUGGAGGAGAUUAGACAGGAGAAAGCAGCAAAAUCUCAGUUUGUGGAUCAUGCUGAUGGCUCUUCAGCUGUUGUUCCAGAAAUCAGUAAAACCAUCAAUACUAAAGGAGAAAAAGGUUCCAAACGAGCCAUCACUGUCGGAGAUGACUCUAUUGGUCAAAUCAAGAUGUUCACUGAGAUUGCUCCCACAAAGAAACGAAAGCAGGAGGAUCAAAACAUCAGCAUUAAGAGCCAGGGAGAUUUGAAUGCAGUGGGGUCUUCUUCUGAGGCUGCGAACAUAGGGGAGGUUAGAGUAAAGACCCUGGAGGAGAUCCGUAAGGAGAAGGCAGCAAGGAUGCAGGGUCAUUCGCCUCAACAGACUGAGGAAGCUGGAAACAAAAGGAGCUCUGAAACUGAGGAAAAUUGUGAUACAAAGCCUCGGCUACUGCGCGUCAACAAACUGGCUUCACAAAGAAAUGCCACACCAGAGACCCCUGAGAGCACAGAAAUGCCUGUGAAAACUUGCACCGCUGUUCCAGAGACCAGUUCUGCCUGUAGUAACAUUAUCAAGGUCAAGACAUUUGAUGAGAUCAUGCAAGAGAAACGCCUUCGCAAGCAGAAAAUAGAGAAUCGGACAAGAACCUCAGCAGAGGCCAAACCUUCUGAGGAACAAGCUUCUGAUGUAACCCUGAAGAGGAAAGCUCCUGCUGAGAUCAAUUCUGCAUCACCAAGCUCUUUAUCAACUUCCUCUAACACCCCUGACAUUAACUCUGUCAUCCAAAAGCUUCCUAUUCGUAAGCUGAUUCCCCUAAAAUCCAAGACUGGAUCAUCUGUGAACAGUUUUGUAACUUCAGAUACAGCAGCAGCAAGUGUGACCUCAGUCUCUGUGGAGCAGAGUGAACCUGAAAACCAUUUACAAAGCUCUAGGGAGGUCCCAGACAAAAAAACAAGCAAAACCCUAAUAUUGUCACUUGCCACUGAUAGAAACCCUACUGCUGAUACAAUACAUAACAAAAAUCAGAAGACAUCUUCAAAAAGCUCUACAAACACCAAAGUGAGGCCAAAACUAAAUGUGAAGCCUUCUGUCGUAAAGCCUGCAGUGCAGGUGAAGCCAGGUCAGAAGAGGAAGGGAGCUGAGCGGUCUGCCGUCGCUGCUGUGAAACCACUAAACAGCACCCCCACAGUUCAGGAGCCAAUAAAGGAAAGCCAGGUGUUCCCAUCCUUCACUGCAGAUGCUCAGCUCAGCUCUGCUGUUCCCCACACUCCCAGCACCUUACUGGACUCAGGUUCCAACUCCAGCCCUCUGAAAGAGGAGCUCCAGACGGUUCCUGUUUUCAAACAAAGUCCAAGCCACGAAGCCAAGCAGGCUGUCAGUGUUGCUGCCUGCACUGUUCCCCAAAGCCCAAUCCUGAAGAGUCCUGUUCAAGCUCCUAAAACUCGGAGACAGAGCAUGGGCAUGUCCCGCACCACCUCCGCUUCUGGUGCUGCUGCCUCCUCCUCAGCUGUAGAUGAUUUUGAGGAGCUGAUAAGUGAGUUUGCUGACGACCAUCUGGAGGAAGACAUUGACCCGGGCCUUGGAGAAGACGACCUGCUGCAGGAGCUGUCAGAGAUGAUUGACAGCUGAGGACUUCAGCACAAUUGAAAUCCAUACCCCAGUUUCUAACUCAUGAACUUGAAGUAAUUGAUUUUACAAAGGGGAAGCCCAUCAAGCAAUAUCUACCUAGGACUUUUUAAAGGUUUAUCAUUUUCCUUAAGUUGCACUCAUUGUGCUAUACUUAAAAGAUGUGGUUCUCUACGUUUUAAACCUCUUCAAAUAUAAAAUUGUCUUCAAAUUCCUGCCUUUACGGUCAUCUUGUCACCCAGAAUAGAGAGACUGGUGGUGCUGUGAGAAUUCAGGAACAUUGAGUUCUCAUUAAUUGUCGGAGGAUGUGAAAUGUUGGAAAUGACUACAUCAUUUUAGAAAGUAGUCGUAUGUGUGUACUGUGUAUGCAAAGGGCAAAGUGACUAUAGAAUUGAUGAAUGCUGCACUUAAUGAGCUGGCUCUAGCAACUUGUGGUUUUGGUUCUUUAAAUCUUGGUUAAUGUAUCUGUCUAUUCAUCUAGUUUUCAGCUGAUGUUUGUAUGUGUACAUUUUAAUUUAAUGAGGACCCAGUCAACAAAGAUCACGACUUAUAGUUAGGAAAUCAUUUCUAUAGCCUGUCACUCAUGUUUAACAUGGCAGUGGUGUGUUACAGUGUGUAUGCUGCUUGUCUCUUUUAAUCUUUGACAUUGUCACUGUUGUGAUAGUUCCUCUCUAGUCUUUGUUACUGAACACCUCAGGGACUCUUGAUGUUUGUAUGUUCGUAUACCCUGACAAACACUGUAUUUCAGUUAAAAUGCUGUCCCUUCUUGUCUUUGUUUUGGCAGUAUUGUUUGUUUGCUCUGUCCUGCCCUUUUCUCCACACGCUUACUGUUCAGAGCGACUUGUAAAUGACUGUAAAUAAAAUAAUGCUUUUAAUGAGCAGUCCAA